AUGGCCCCCUCCCAGUUGGCGUUUGUGACAUCGAGGUACCGGUACCUCACCAAACAUUCGGCAGCUUCAAGAGUAAGAGGCUUGGGAGUGAUGUCCAUGACGGAGAGCAAAGAAAAAGUUGUAUGGUUCCCAAAUUUGCCUCAGACUAUUGACGGUUUCUUACGAAUGGCACGUCGAACACCUAAUUGGCUCUAUCGGGCUUUAGCAUACCCAAUAGCUGCCGCUGCAAUUUACGGAACUACAUUCCCCGCGAUACCCAAUGCCCCUUUUCUUCCCCCACCUUCCAUCCCAGAGGACCCACGUAUAAAUGGCCAUUGUACCUUCUGUGGUGAGAUGGCUAGCAGGGGUUACGUCGUCUGUGCGAUCGAACACCGUGAUGGAACAAGUCCGAGUAGUGUGAUCGUCAUGGAGGAUGGAAAAAGCAAGAAAGUCAAUUUUGUUUGUCAUCAGGAUCUAUUUUGGCCGGAUCUCCCACCCCACGCUCAACCCCCAGACGACACCCACCUCCGGCACGUCCAACUUCGAAUGCGUCUGGCCGAAAUCGAACAUGUCAUCGCCGUAAUGCGUUGUGUGACAUCCGGGGAGUGUUCAAAGAAGAAACCGGACGUUCGAACGUCAGUUGGUAAAAAGCAAGAGUACGAUUGGUCGAAAUGGACAAAUGGCGUUGAUUGCAGGAAGGGGAAGGUCAUUAUGAGCGGACAUAGUCUUGGGGGGAGUGCGGCCAUCUUGGCCUGUGCGGAGAAAAAGAGGUUCGAUUUUGCGAGUGUUAUUGCUAUGGAUCCCGCUAUCCAGCGGAUCGAUCCUUGGAGGUCUAAGCUUCCUUGCCCAUUGUUGGUGGUUAAUUCGGAGGAGUUUACGCGUUCAGAUGAUUUCCCAAGGUUACAAAGGCUUUGCCGGUAUGCUCAGAAGGGCGAAGGCGUGUUCUCGAUAGCUGGCUCUACGCACCCUUCAUUCUCCGAUGUGUUCCUCAUUGUUCCUGGGAUUAUCAACCGAAUGAUAGGCCUUAGCACCGAGUCGCCUCGGGUCCUGUCCCUUGCAGUGAAUGCUACCGCUGCGUUCCUCCAGCAUGGAGGCGACGGGCGGAAUCAUGAAUUCAAUACAGUCACUUCUGAAGAAGAGACUCCCACGCCCACCCCUCCAUCACGCUCGAAUUCGCACUCCCAUCAUCACCAUCGUCACAGCCAUUUGGAGAGUCCAACUUCGCCAAAGAAUCUGGCCAAAAGUGCAGGUAUCGUUAUUCAAGUAAACACAGACGACGAUGGUGAAGCGAACGGAUUCGAGGAUACUGCUUCCGUUACUUCCUCAUCUUCCUCUCAUCCAUCUCCUACGUCACCUCUUUCAACAUCUUCCCACCCCCCACCUCUCGAUCCCCUCGCAGCACUGGAUGCCAACGAAGCACUCCGACCGCUCCGUGAACGUCGUGGAACAGUGCGCGUCUCCGGAAGAGGAUACUUCUCCGAUCGGUACGGAUCUGGCAGCUCGGCACCAGCCUCUACAUCUCGAAUUAAUCUUGGGCAGUACCAUACUAAUGGAGCAAGUAGGGUGAGCCUUGCAGUGAAGGAUUGGAGCUCGAGGGUAGGUGGAAGGAUCAGAGGAUGGAGCAGGAGUACUUCGAAUACGUUUAGUUUGUCGACUCCUUUCGGGACUCCUAAACCUAUUCCGAGGCCCAUGGGUCCUAGUGGUGUGUCUAGCAGCACAAGCGGAAGUGCAAGCGGGAGCGGGAGCGUUAUUGUGGACCCUCCUAGUGACGACGAAAGUCCAUCUCGCUCGCGGCGAGCUGAAGGGUUGACUCUCCCCCUGCUGCUCCGUCGACUAAAUAUCCCCCUGGGCUUGAUAAGUCCCGAUCAAAAGCGCGAGCCACAUUGA